AUGUUUAACAAUAUCAUAAGGAGAUCUGCAUGGUUGUCUAAAUCAUCUUCACCAUAUCCAACCAGCUCAUCCUCCUCGAAAUCAUAUCAACAACAUGGUGGAGUCAAUAUAAAUAGCUCAAAUGCCAAUGGAAACAACACCAAUAAUGGUUACCAUAACUUUAGUAAUACAAAUGUUCAUGUAUCAAUAGAUAUUUAUAAAAAUAUAAACAAUAACAAUAAUAACUAUAGUAAUAUAAAAUUCAAUGGAAACAUUGUAAAUAAUUUCAAUAGUAUCAAUAGUCAAUCGAUUACCUCUCAUUUGAAAUGGUCUUUACUGAAUAGAUCAAUGUCAACUACUUCAGCAACAGCAUCAUCAUCAUCAUCAUCAUCCACUAAUACUACCAACACAACUUCAACAAACCCAAUAAACACAACAAGUACAACAACAACAACAACAACAACUUUUACAAAUUCCAAUAAUAAUAAUUUUUCAACUUUUACAAAUGAAAAAUCGACUGUUUUAUUGAGUGGAUUACUGGAAAAGAUAAGAGAACUAGAGUGUUCAUUGACAAAAGCAGAGAAAGACAGAUUGACACAGUAUGAGCGAGAUUUAAAGAUGAAUGAAUCACUGAGCGAUUUUCAUAUGGGAACUUUCUACUCACAGGGCAUCGUUGUGCCACGCGAUGCUGAGAAGGCAUUGUAUUGGUUCAAGCGUGCUGCUGACCACGACCUGGCAGAGGGACAAUAUGCAUUGGGAAUGUCAUAUCUGAUGGGAUCGGCUAUCGGUGUUUUCCAACCGGUAUUUCCAACGAUCUCUCAACCAAGCGAAUCUAGCAACAAACAAGACGGUGGUACCAUUCUAGGAAAUGGUUGGGUAUCCAGUGCAGACGCAGCAGAUUUCGACUAUAGAAAAUGGUUGAUCGAAGAGCGCAAACGUGUCAUUAAAAUGAAAGAGUCUGGUGAAUUCGAAGCAGCAGAAAGACGUGAAGCAGAGCGUAAAAAAGAAGGAAAAUAUGGAAUAGAUAAAAAAGUUGAAAAAGGUUUAUAUUGGUUGGAAAAAGCAGGAAAUGAACAUUUAGAUCUGAAUGCAAUGCAUCAACUUGGAUUGCAUUUCUACAAUGAAUUUGAACAUCAAUUAUUGAAUGAAAAUCUAUUAAAGAAUCAAGAUCAAUAUAAAUUAAUGUUGGAUAAAUUCUAUCAAUAUUUCGAUACUGCAUCAUCACGUGGUCAUUCCGAUUCAUCGUAUUGGUUGGGUAUGUUUUUCUUGGGUGCAGAGAAGCAGCCUAUUCAAAAGGUUGGAUUCAGUAUGUUGGUUAGAGCAGCGGAGCAAGGCAGUGCAAAAGCAGCGACAAUGUUAGCUCUGAUGUAUCGUGAGGAGAACAAAGAGAUAUUCUAUCGCUAUUUGAAUAUGGCAGUGGAGAUGCGUGACCCUAUCGCUAUUCUGUGUAUGGGUGAACUAUACUUUGGUGGAAUGGAGCCAACGGAAUACCCACAGAACUACAAGAAAGCACUCACAUAUUUUACAGAGGCCGCUGCACUUGGAAAUUCAGAUGCAGCAGUCAACCAAGGUGUAAUGUACUACAAUGGUUAUGGCACUGACAUUAGUUAUGAAACUGCUUUCUAUUGUUAUCAAAAUGCAUAUCAAUUAAAUCCAAAGAAUCUAUCGGCCAUUACCAAUUUAUAUACAAUGCAUUUCGAAGGUUUAGGUGUACCGAAAUCACUGGAGCUAGCUAAUUUCUAUGCGACAUUGUUUGAAAAAUUAAAGAGACAGGAAGAGGAGGAUGGAAAGAAACAAAAGGUUCAUAGACUCUGGUGGAUUACAGGAAGAAGUUGGAUUGCAAUUAAUCAACAAAAUAAAUUAGAAUAA